GAAAGGAAUUGUUUACAACCUGUAAGCAUUCGAAAACAUUUGAAUCAAACGCCAGCAGAAUGGCCACGGAGGAGCACCAACGCCUGGCCAGCAUAGUGAAGAGCUGUCACGAGAGCUUGCGCCAACUGACGAAAGAGCAUGGCGCCAAGGCGGCCUGGCAGGAGCACACGAGCCCGAGGAAUGCCAAGCGGCUGGCAGAAUACGCCAAGGCCAUGAGACAACUGGCGGCCAUAUGGGAGACCAACGAGGGGAAUGUGGAGCUCCAGGCACGGAGCCGCAUCAAAUGGGCCAUCGACUACAUCACCAAGUACUUCUUCACCGAGGGAAUCUACCUGCAGAAGCGGCAGCGGGAGCAGCGUCUCCUGGAAUCCUACAGAGACGAGGGCCAACUGGGCGAGGUGGAGUGUCGACUGAUGGAGGAGCCACCGGACAGGCUGCAUGUCCUGGAUGUGGGCAGCUGCUUUAACCCCUUUUCCAGUGCUCCGCACCUGGAGGUCACCGCUCUGGAUCUUUGCCCCGCCACUGAAGAUGUGCUGCAGGCGGAUUUCCUCAAGGUGGAAGUGGUGCCCGGCAUAGAAGAACCUGCUCUGGAGGCGGGCAGCGUGAAGAGGCUCCCAGCAAACCACUACGAGUGCGUCAUCUUCAGCUUGCUUUUGGAGUACAUGCCCAGCGCGGAGCAAAGGCUGCAGUGCUGCCUCAAGGCCUACGAUCUGCUCCUGCCCGAGGGCAUUCUAGUGCUUAUCACACCAGACUCCCAGCACGUGGGCAAGAACGCACACCUUAUGAAGAACUGGCGCUACUCCCUGGCCAGGAUCGGCCUGCUGCGUGUGCGCUUCGAGAAGCUACCGCACAUAUCGUGCAUGGUUUUCCGCAAGGCCAUCAGCCGGGAGCUCUCCCAGCAUUGGGCGAGCAUUCACCGGGAGGAGGGCAUGUGCGAGGAAAUCCGGAUACCGCAGGACGAUAGCUAGAUAAGAUACAAGCCUCAUAAAUCGAUGUAAAUACGUCCAUGUCUACUUGUUUAUGGCUUAACUUAUCUGUGUUAAGUGCGAGUUAAUAAUAAUGUUUGACGAUUUAUCUACUA